CUCAAACAGACCAUGUGACAAACCGGCAACAUGUGGACUUUGUCUGCUGGCACAGAGACACUGAGACAGCCUGCAGCAAGACAGCUACCAAGAUGUUUUGUGUUGUUGCCAUGGUGACGGUUCUGUGUGUGACCACGUUGGUGGUUGCAGGUCCAGUGGGAGGGAUCCAGAGUCAGUCACCUGCACCAGGGGGCGCCGUGCUCUUCUUCGUGUCCCACAUGGGCCAGCUGAGGGAAGUGGCGUUCAACCCCAUCGUGUUUGACCAGGUGGCGGUGAACCAAGGCUCCGCCUACGACGCCCACACCGGCGUGUUCACGGCGCCGCUGGCCGGCGUCUACCAGUUCCUGUUCAGCUCCCAGCUCUGCCGCGGGAACCACAACAACCGGGCCUACAUCCUGGUCAACGGCCAGCAGAGGGUGCUCUGCCACGGACAGGUGAGGAACGCCGACACGACCCUGGUCACCUGUUACUACAUGGAGGAGCUGCAGAAGGGCGACCGAGUCUGGGUGCGGCAGGACGAGGGCGGCUGCUCCUGGGCCAGCACCGUCUCCAGGACCAUCAGCUUCUCCGGGGUCCUGCUGGCCGUGGAGGGCCGCCCCGCGCUGGGGGGGAGGCUCGGCCCCUCCUGCCCGCUGCUCGGCCCGGGCCGGGGCAUCAGCACCGGGUCGUCCGCCUCCUCAGGACGGACGGGACGGUCCAGCCUGACCCUCCCCCUGCUGCUGUCCGGCCUGCUGCUGGCUCACUGAGCGCCUUGCUCAUAUUUUUAAUUUUGUUUUUUUAAACCUUUAUUUCACCUGGCAGGUCAACAAAGAACAAACUCCUGUGUGCAGUGAAGACUUUGGGAGGAAAGGCCUCGUGACGAGGGGAGGGAGGAGAAAAACAGCCCGAACAGAAGGGGUCAUAUUCCAAGAACAAAACCCAGAAGUUCAGAGAUUAGUACAUUUACAAGAAAAACACUCACAAAUUUCUGAGAAAAAAACUGGGAAAACUAGUUUUUCUUCCCCUUUUUUCCUCUGAAUCGGCCCAAGUCACAGCAACGUCUCUUCAGAGUCCAGAUGCUGAGGAGGAGGUUGGGGUUCUGGACUCAGACCAGCAGGAUUUCCUUCAGACUGGAUCCCACAGGAGGAGGACAGACUGGUUUGCAAGAAGUUUAAUCGUAAAUUUACGACUUUAAACUCGGAAAUCCUAAGUUGUAUUUUUUUCUUUUUCUCAGAAUAUUUCCCCCUCCUCCCCUGGCUCAGGAUGUUUGGCCCUAAUCUGCCGUCAGAAAAAUCUCACUCUGACAUUAAAACUCUGCCUAAAUUAGAGUUCAAAUAAAAUCAUUUGAAGUUGAUUGGAUUUUGUUGUUUCUGUGCUCCACUUUAGUUUGGAUGAUGUUUACAUGUUUUUUUCCUCAGCGCCAACGUCAGCAACUUCAUGUUACAUUCAGCUCAUUUUUAUAUGUAGUUACAGGAAAACUUUACUGAUCCCUGAGGUCAGCUGAAGUUCAGAUUCUCAAGAGAAGAAUUAAAUUAAAUUGAAGAAUUAAAUAAUAAGAAAUAGAAACAGAAAUAAC